AUGGCGGCCUGUGUUCUGGCGGGAGGCUCUGGAGGCGGUUAUGGUGGCGGCUAUGGAGGAGGCCGUGGAGGCUAUGGCGGAGGCUAUGGUGGGGGCUUCGGAGGUGGCCGUGGAGGCUAUGGUGGUGGUUAUGGAGGCGGUCGCGGAGGCGGCUAUGGCGGGGGCUACGGAGGCGGACAUGGAGGCUUUGGAGGCGGUUUUGGUGGUGGUUAUGGCGGCGGUCGCGGAGGCGGUUAUGGCGGCGGUCGCGGAGGCGGUUAUGGCGGCGGUCGCGGAGGCGGUUAUGGCGGCGGUCGCGGAGGCUAUGGAGGGGGUUACGGUGGUGGCUACGGAUACGGGAAAUAA